GUGACGUUAUAUGUGUUAAUGUAUUGACAAUAUCAUUGACAUCGAUGUCAAGUCUAUUAUGAUUUGAUUUGAUAUUAGAUUUGUUGAUCACUUAAUGGCCAUAAUAUCAUAAUAUCAUAAUAUCUUUGUAUUGUUUAAUCACUUGUAAGCCAUGGAUCAAAUCUAUUCAGUAUUGAGACAUAAUUCAAGUGUAAACAAUGGAUUCACUGAAUGUGUAUCACAAUUGAGUCCAUUAUGUUGUAUAUCAAGUGGUAAUAUAAUGGCCUUCACGUCGACCACUGAUUUAAGUGAAUCAGUGCCCAAAUGGAUGGUAUUUCAUGUAUAUGUCGUCGACCUCAACAUACCAUAUAAUCCCUAUAAAGUUAGCUCACACUUAGAGGAGAUAACAGCUCUCGAGUGGGAUAUCAGCGGAACUAAGCUAUUGAUUGGAGACGUGACGGGAAAUAUAGAGUUGUGGUCAAUGAAAGACUAUUUAAUCAGUGAAUGGUAUUUACUACACGUCCAUCAGUUUUGUGGAGAAAGAAUAUUGUCAUCCAUUUGGUUUCACAACGGAAUCAAAAUUGGCAUCAAUUAUGAUAAAAAAGAUAUAAAUGUGUCAUAUCUGGACAAAUACACUCACACCAAGUUUGCCGCUUCCGUCCGACAGUUUGGUGGCAAACCUACCGAAGGAUAUUUAGCUAUUUCUAGCUCUGGACUCGUCUGCGCCUCACUCUUCUUGUCUGACGGUACUGUUGUCUCCGGAACUGAAAUCUUAGGUCAUUUCAGAUCUAAACUUAAACGCGUUGACGUUUGUUAUGCAAAAAAUGGUGAUUUCCUUGUAGUUGCAACUAAUGGUUGCGCCGACUCUUCAAUUAAUUGUUACGGAGUGACUGUUAAAAUAAACGCCAGCACUAAUCCUCAAGAAAAGCAAAGAUGUCAAAUCACAUGUCAAGCAUAUACCAGCUUUUAUAUGAGUUGCUCAAAAUCACUUACCACUGAUGCUUAUCGUGUGAUCACUCAUCUCAAGUUUGUCUUGAGAGAAGCCGCCGAAGCUGUAGUUAUAGCAGCUUCGGGUGCUAACGGAUCUACUGUUGAAUUGUGGGAAUUGCGAGAAAAAACUGUAUCUAUUCAUAAAAUGUUUCAAAACAAAACAAAUAAUAAUAAUAAUGAUAUGAAUAAUCCGGUGCCGGGACCUAAAACUGUUGUUUGGCAGCACAAUACCAGUUCAAGUGCAAAUUCAAGUGUCGUCUCAAUUGCUACACCGAGACUCUCAUUAUUUGACACGAGUCCUCCGCCAUCCUAUAUAUUGGUUGCAUUUAAGGACAAUACAAUCAAAUGCUUUUAUAGAGAGAAUUUGCAUUUAGUGGUAAUCUUAAAUAUCGGUAAUAUUCAUAACCGUAAUCUCGAUUCAAACAAAUCAUUUGGGAUGCAAAAGGCAUUGACAACUCAACCGUCAAUGACAACAAUCUCAGACAUGCAGUUCACUUGGAGUAGUUGUGCAAUGGUUGCCAUUGAUUCGCUGUCACAGAUCUAUGUAUAUAAGUUAUCGCCGAUCACAGACCCGGGCGGUGCUAUGAAUCCUAAUUACGCUCAAACAAUGCUUGAAUAUUGUUUGGUUUCCGGUAACGACUGGUGGGAUGUUAUCGUUAGCUUAAAACCAAAUCUUAUCGAAAGUGUUUGCGAAAGAAUCACCGAAUCUUUUAUGAAUAAACAACAACUAGAAGGACAACAAAAAUGGUUGAGUCGUUUCCUUACAAUUAAAGCUUCUCUGUAUCGGUGUCUUAACAACAGUAGUGCUAACAAUAGCGGUCAAUGUAAAGCUGGAGAUUUUUAUACACUGAUUAUGUUGAAUGCCAUCGCAACCACACUUAAGUCACUGUUACGGCCGCGCGAUAACCACGAAAACGAAGGACCCGCUGAAAACCUCAGUCUUCUCAUACAAAAUAAAGGCAAUGAUUUGCAAUUCAUGAAUGUCGACAAAAUUCUCAUGAAUUUAGAAAAUAAGGAUUUUUGUGUCGAACCACAGAUAUUGCAAUCAUUUCAACAUUUGCAUCAAUGGAUAGCAGAUCUAACCCUUUUUUUAUUGGCAUCACUUCCUCAACAGUAUCAUCACAAUCAGUUCAGAUUUCCAGGGGGCGGAUUAAUAUUUGAUACAAAAGCGUUGAAUACAUUAAGAGAGCUUUUGGUGAUAAUAAGAUUUUGGGGUCUAAUAAAUUCCGGUUGUUUACCCAUAUUCACCAAAAUGCAGGAUAAUUUAGAUGUCAUUUCUCUUCUCUUUAAACUAUUGUCUAAAACAGUGACUGAAAAUCUCGAUGAAAGCCUAUUGGAUGAGUGCUGUCUUCUUCCAAAUCAAGUAUUGAUUCCUCAAUUAAAUUUAUGCCUCAAAGCUAUAGGUAUAGCGAGUCCAGCACUUUAUAGUAAUGUUCUUCCUCUACAAUUUGAGUACUUCAUUGAGCCGUCGUUUUUAAAAUUUACGGCUAAAACUCAUUUAAUUGAUGGCGCAGUCAAUUGUUAUGCCGGUCGUCGACUUGAUGUAGUUCGUUAUGUUGGAUUGGGAGCCAUCAAUCAGGACACGUCUAACUUGCGCUCAUGUAGUCGCUGUAAUUCAGUGUCAUUGCUUAAACCAAUAAUGCGAUCUCCGGCUACUCGUGCGUGGGAUCAGAGAUGGAUCAAGAAUUGCUUGUGUGGCGGACACUGGAGGGUCAAUCAAUUUAAUAACAAUUUACACACUUAACUACAUUUACUAAUUUAUUAUA